GGAAAGCUCAAAUGCUCUGUACAACUUGUGAUAAGAUAAAAUUUCGUUAGCUUAAUUGAAGAGUGGAGAAUUGGGAAGAAGGUGAAAGCAUCAAAAUGCUGGGAAUUUUAACUCGGGGAGCAUCAAAAUCAGUUUCAAGACGUUCUUUCCCAUGGCAGAAAUCAAUUCCUGUGAUCAUUCCCCCUAGCCGAAACUUCAGCAUAAGCGUCCUACCAGAUACGCUAGACCGCAGCUCCGAGUUAUUCACCACAAAUUCCAAAGCCAUGAACGAUCUCGUCUCUCAGCUCAACUCUCAUAUCCGGAAGGUGACGGAAGGAGGAGGACCUGGAGCCGUCAUUAGAAACCGUAGCAGGAAUAAGCUUCUUCCAAGGGAGAGAAUCGAUCGUCUUCUCGACCCUGGUUCUUCUUUCCUAGAACUUUCUCCACUUGCAGGUCACGAAUUAUAUGAAGAAAAAUUACCUUCUGGUGGAAUAAUUACUGGAAUAGGGCCUGUGAAUGGAAGGCUUUGCAUGUUCGUUGCAAAUGACCCUACAGUCAAAGGUGGGACUUAUUUCCCCAUCACUGUAAAGAAACAUCUUAGAGCACAAGAAAUUGCUGCACAAUGCAAACUACCCUGUCUGUAUCUUGUUGACAGUGGAGGGGCUUUCCUUCCUAAACAAGCUGAGGUUUUUCCGGACAAGGAGAAUUUUGGCAGAAUAUUUUACAACCAGGCAGUGAUGUCAUCUGAAGGUAUUCCUCAGAUUGCAUUGGUUUUAGGCUCUUGUACAGCUGGUGGAGCUUAUAUACCUGCAAUGGCUGAUGAAAGUGUUAUGGUCAAAGGAAAUGGUACCAUAUUUCUUGCUGGACCGCCUCUUGUUAAGGCUGCAACUGGAGAAAUAGUUUCAGCCGAAGACCUUGGCGGUGCAAAUGUUCAUUGUAAAACGUCCGGUGUUUCCGACUACUUUGCCCAUGAUGAACUCCAUGCACUUGUUAUUGGGAGGAACAUUGUCAAGAAUCUGCACAUGGCGGGAGGCCAACAAAAGGGCCAAACUUCAACAACCCCAACUGAUUUCAGAGAGCCAUUGUAUGAUGUGCAAGAACUUCGUUCCAUUGCACCAACAAACCUCAAACAGUCUUUUGACACCCGAUCAGCAAUCGCUCGCAUAGUUGAUGGAAGUGAAUUCGAUGAAUUCAAAAAGCUAUAUGGCACUACACUUGUAACAGGUUUUGGGCGAAUUUAUGGCAAUCCGGUGGGAAUCAUUGGAAACAAUGGGAUAUUGUUUAGUGAGUCUGCUUUAAAAGGAGCUCAUUUUAUUGAACUUUGCUGUCAGCGUAACAUUCCUUUGAUCUUUCUUCAGAAUAUUACGGGAUUUAUGGUUGGCUCUAAAUCAGAGGCAAAUGGUAUAGCAAAAGCUGGAGCCAAAGUGGUGAUGGCAGUUUCUUGUGCAAAGGUCCCUAAAAUAACAGUGGUUGUUGGGGGAAGCUUCGGGGCUGGAAAUUAUGCAAUGUGUGGACGUGCCUACAGUCCAGAUUUUAUGUUCCUAUGGCCAAACGCUAGAAUAUCAGUCAUGGGAGGUGCUCAGGCUGCUGGUGUACUCUCUGGGAUAGAAAAGGCCAACAAGAAGAGGCAGGGAAUUGAGUGGGGGAAGGAAGAAGAGGAAAGGUACAAGGCAGAGGUUGAACAGAAAUAUGAGAGAGAAGGUGACCCCUACUACUCCACAGCCAGACUGUGGGAUGAUGGCGUGAUUGAUCCCGCUGACACUAGAAGAAUCCUAGGUCUUUCCCUCUCUGCAACUUUGAACCGCGGCGGGCAUCCUCAGACGACCAAAUUUGGUGUCUUUAGAAUGUGAUGUGAUGAACUGAUGAUAUAUGCAUAUCCAGAUCUCAUCAUAAACAAAAUAUUUAAAAAAACAAAAAAAAUGUUUAUUUUCUUGUGAACUUGUGACAAAGAAUAGUGUUGAGGAAGCAGUCCAACUUAACUAGUUGCCGACUUACUCUCCCAUAUGGGAGGUCUUGAGCUUGAAAUUCCAUGGAAGCAUUUUAUCUCUAUUUAUC